AUGGGAUAUAAAGAUUCUGUUAUGUACCCCUGGAAUGGUUGUACAGUGAACAUGAAAACUGAAGAAAAACCUCUUGGCACUGGAUACCAGGACUCCUUCCAGGCAGUUAUUUCCUGCAUCAUGGGUGAAGAAUAUGGGAUGACAGAGAGUUUAACUUUGGAAGUUGCCAUCAGGGUGAAGCGUCUCCCUCUGCUUCUGCCUUUGCAGGACUACGCUGAGAAGGAGAAAGCUGCAGCUAAGGCCCUGGAGGAUGUGAAGGCCAACUUCUACUGUGAACUAUGUGACAAGCAGUACCACAAACACCAGGAAUUUGACAACCACAUCAAUUCUUAUGACCACGCUCACAAGCAGAGAUUGAAAGAUUUAAAACAAAGGGAAUUUGCUCGAAAUGUGGCUUCAAAAUCAUGGAAAGAUGAGAAGAAGCAGGAAAAAGCACUCAAGCGACUCCACCAGCUUGCAGAAUUACGGAAGCAGUCAGAAUGCAUCACCAGGAGUGGACCAUUGCUUAAAGCCCCCCGCUUAGUCCUGGAAAAGCAGCAAUCACCAGAUGGCAUUUUCCUGUACAAGGGCAGCAAGUUCACAGCCAGUUCUCAAAGAACCAUCACAAGUGAAGGACAAGGUUUCUCCAAAAGCAUACUAGAGAAACAGCAACUUCUUAUAAGCAGGCACCAUCCCCCCGCUGAAAGACACCAUGCACUUGGAAAUCACGUCCCACAAAUGUUCCCAGAUAGCAACAAUGCCUCUCAAAGGGCAGGAGUGUCUUUUUCAUUCUCUAAAAAGGUCCCUUUGAAGCUUGAGUCCUCAGCAUCAGUCUUCAGUGAGAACUCUGAAGAAGGAAAUGAUUGUAGUGAGUCCCCCAACAAUAAAAAAAAGCAAACUAUUGAGGGCUGUCAUUCUGUCACACCCUUGGAGGAACAACUGAAAGCAAGUUUGGAUAAAGAGUCACCUAUUACACAAGACCAAAUGGAUUUGGAUAACAGUGCAUCAAGUCAUGUAGCUGCAAAACCUAAAAUGCUAAAGGAAAAUGAGAAAAGUAGUGACAGGGAAACAGAAGAAAAAUUCAGAUCUAAUUCCUCAUUUUCUAAAGUCAAAAUACCUCUUUCAAAUUUGAAUUUUUCUGCUUCACUGAGAGAAACAGAGCAAGAGUUGAAACUGAAUGAAUCUGAACAAUUCUUAGAAACUCUCAUUUCAUCUUCAUGCCAAGCUAGCACUUUCUGUACACAGCUGAACACCUACAAGCACAGCAAUGCCCACCUGCCUGAGCAGCUCUCCGAGCUCCCACCACAGCCAGCACUGGAGCUGACCUGCUCAAGCAACGCUAAUGACAGUCCUGCAGUGAUAAAAAGAGAAAGAUCUUUGGAGAUUACAGAAACCACAGAUGGACAUAUGGAACCGCUUGCAAAGGAGGCCAUGGUUAAAGAGGUUAAGCCCCAGGCAUUGCCUUUCCUCCAUGUAGUGAGCAAAGAUGGCACCACUGCUCUGCAGUGGCCCACAGAACUACUUUUGUUUACAAAAACUGAGCCCUGUAUUUCAUAUGGCUGUAAUCCAUUGUAUUUUGACUUCAGACUCUCUUUAAAUCACAGGGAGGGUAAACAGCACGAAACAAACAAAGCAAGCUGUAGAGAGCUCUCUAAAAAUAAGACUGCAGAUGAAUAUGAACCCUCAGGUUUAAUAAAACACAAGCAAAUGUCAAAUGAACAAGAUAAUCAGUUGUUGAAACCAAAGAAGAUGAAAGGUUCCCUAAACCCAAGAAAGGCCAAGCAAAAAGCUGUGUCAGACACAGGGAAGGAAAUUAAUGAAAAUGGUCAAAAAUGCAUUGCAGAUUAUUUGAAUGAAAAUAUACCCAAAGUGCCUGCUUACCUUGAUGUCUCACAAAAGGAUUAUGUGGCAGAAAAAAGUCUUUAUACAACAACACUGAGGAGACCUUUAAUGCAUCAUUUCCAUGGCUGUGAAAGAAAAGCUCAGAACAUUAGAAACGAAAGCAUUUCCUUUACUGCUUUUAUGUCUAGGAUUAAAAAAUCUAAAUCUGAAAAAUGUAAUUUAAUUGAUUCUGAAGAAAAAUAUGAGAACAAAAAUGGCUCCAGAUCCUUUCAAGAUGUGGUCAGCUGUAGCAGUGACAUAAGUGACAGUGGAAAAGACUCUAGUGGAAGUUUCUUUAGUUGUAAAUCCAGUUCAAACAGCAGGUAUUCAGAUAAUGAAGGAUGUGGAAGUUACACAAGAUGCUGGAGAUUCCCAUCUCCUCAAAAGUGCUCGUCUGGCAGACAUUCCAGCUAUUCUGACACUUCAGUUGGCAGUACGAGUAGCUACAUGAGCUACAUGAGUCCCACAUCAAACAAUCACAGAAGAAAUAAUUUACUUUGUUGCUGUAAAAGGAAAAGCAAGACAGAUGAAAGGCACAAAUGUAAACACAAAAAGCACAAGUGUAUUUUCACUUCAGAUGAUACAGACGAGGAUUUUCUUUGUCAUAGCAGAAGUCACAGAGCUAGAAACUGUAUUCAGAGUGGCACAAUUAAACAUCGAAGAUGUUCAAGACAUAAAGUUUUACAAGUCAGAGACAGGUCUAAACACAGCAGAUGUAGACAUCAGCAUUUUGGCAAAGUGCAUAGUAGGAGUAGAUGCUACCACAAAUCCAAAAGUGGUUCCACCAGUGAUUCAAGAAGCAGUGAAAGAUCAUCUAGCAGCAGAAUAUCAAGAGGCAGCAGUUCAAGAUCCUUCUCAAAAGAGACUGAAAACUGUGACAACAAAACAAAAGAGGAUGCUGAGACAGGUUCUAACACUGAACCAGGAAAAGUUGAAACUGCACAUUACAACUCUCUGAAUGUGAAUAGUCAGUCUAAAAUCUUUGCCACCUGCUCUUCCAAAAACCUGGCAAAAGAUAUAUGUGGAAAAAGAAAGUCAAUGACAGCCAAGUUACUUUUGGAAAGAGUGCAGUCUAAGAAAACCCAAGAACAAAUGCAGGAUUCAGAGAGAUUUUCAAUCAGUAGUGUGGUAGAAUUAAAGGAUCACUCACAAAGUCACUUUGCUCAUCAGUUUUCCUCAUCAGCAGAUGACAUUGCAAUGUUACCUUUGCCAGAGGAAGUGCUAAGCAUAGGUAAAAAUGACAUGGGACAUAAUGAAAUCAGUUCAUUGGGAAACAGUGUGAAGGAAAAGAACUCUGAAGCAUCAGAGAUAACUAAUGUUACUCUUUCACCUGGAACUGAUUAUGAUCAUUGUGCUCUUAAAGACAUAAUUCAAAUUGAAACAGGCUAUCAGAGCCCAAGCAUAAAGAGGAGCACAGCAAUAAAGGAACAAACCAAUUUCUUCAUUAGUGAAGUGCAGCCCUUUAUACAAAGCUGUGAUCCAGUACCAAAUGAUUUCCCUGGUGCUUUUCCCACUAAUAGAUAUUCUGUUGCUAAUUCAACAGAGACCAAAGAAGAACUACAUGAUGUAAACAUGGACUCCAACCAGGCAGAAGGCAGUUCAGACUCUUUUUGUGACAAUGCUAUGCAGAAGUACGGUGACACACUAAAUGACCUAGAAGUGUACAGUAAACCCACCUUGCCUCCUUUAACACAGCAGCCUAUCACAUUUACACCAGAAGAAGUAGACAAAUACAGGUUGCUCCAGCUGCAAGCCCAGCAGCACAUGCAGAAACAACUUCUGGCAAAACAUCUGAAAGUUUUGCCUGCCCCAGGACCAGCUGCCUUUUCUGCAACACCAGCAGUUCCUGCCCUCCCUGUUCAGCAGCAGGCUACUGUCACCACCAUCCACCACACGCUGCUGCAACGCUUUGCUGUCUCGGCAUCUGUGCACCCCCACGGCAGCCAUCUCUCCCUGGCACCCCUCCACCCCCUCUCUCAGGCACAUUUUGCCCCCAUAUCACUUUCCCCGUUAGCCCCAGCCCUUAUUCCCACCCACCCUGCUUUGCUGACAGGACACCCACUGCACUUGGUUUCUGCCACUCCCCUGCACCCUUCCCCACUGGCCUUCCCGGCACUGCCACAGGCUGCAUAUAUCCCAGCCUUAUUUACACCACCCCUGAACGCAGCCACACCUUCUGCUGUACACCGAAAUCACUUACUUCAUCCCUUACUACAAGGACAAGAGCCCCCUCACUACUCUUGUUCUAUCCAGACCCAACAGUUACCUACAGCAAAAGAAGUUUUCAAUGUUUCUAGCUACUUAAACUAGCCCAAAUAAUUUCGCCAUGGCUCCAACCCCAAAUUUAAAUAAAAUAAAGCAUUCAGCAUUAAAUCACGUCUGAGGGGAAAUCUACUGUUUUGAUGAGAGCACAACAUUUAAAGUCCACAAGCUGGCUGACAGCAUAUGAAUGUUGAUUUUAUUCUUGUAUCACUGAGGAAAAGCCGAUUUAAAGCCCUUUGUGAUACUAUCACAAGAAGGAUGGGUGGCCAGUGUCAUUCUACAGAAUGUUUUAAAAGAAUAGCUCAAAGUGAGGUUUAUGACUGUCAGUAGAAAAGGGACCACAGCACCCAGACAAAAUGGGGUCAAUAUCAACACUGAUAAAGGAUUUAAAGUAGCACAAUUUAAAUAAAUUUAAGAGCAAUCUUGACACCCCUCAAAGGUUUGAUUUUCUGAGUUUGUAUAUGAAACAGUGCCUGGUUUGGUUGAGGUAUUUUAGACUGAGUAAAAAAUAAGGUAUCUGGGACCAGCAAACCAGCUGUCUCCUGGCCAAAGUAAACUGGGGAGGCACAGAGGGUGGGGCAAUGGGUUAGCACUAGAAUAUGAGGUCCACAACAGCAUCUUGAAGAUACUUUAGUGAUUACAUCCCUACAUGCGUUGCUUGGACAGUGUAAAGGGACUGCAGUCAGGCCACAGGUACACAACAAAGUAUUCCCUUAGUGUAGGCAGCUCUGUGCUGGCAGAAGCAGGCUGCAUCUUUUCUCCCUGAGCCGAGCACCCCAGGAGGCUCACGGAGAAGACAAGUUCUGCAGCACUGCCUGUGUAUGGCUGUGUCACAGGGUAUGUGGGGUGAGACACAGCAGCCCACAACUGCCAAGAAGCCAGCGCUGGCUGUGAACCUCAGAGGUCCUUGGCCAAAACUCCAACACCUUUUUCCUACCAAACAGAGCUCUGCUGUGUGGAAGAGUCUUUCCCAAAGAAUGUAAAUAUCCCAAAGGAUGUAAAUAUUUUACAUCCCUUUCGCAAACAACGGAAACAAUUGGCUGUUCCUAUAAAAUCAUGCUGAUAUUCAUAAAGAUGCAGAAGUAAAACUCUGAUCAAAAACUGCCUCUACAGGUUGAGACUCAGAGAAAAACUUGUUCAAGUACUCAACAUUUAAAAGUACAUUGAAUUUAAACAAAUAGGUCAAGAUUCUCGCAUGGCUUCCCAAACUCUCAACAAGUAAAUUGAAAUUACGAAUCCACAAUGUUUGAAUGCAUGCAUCCAACCUCCAGAGUAAUGUGUGGUUGAAAUUGUUCGUAAUAACUGUGUAUCUGGAAAUAGGUGAAGGCUUCAGCAUCUGUUUGAAUGGCAUAGUUUGACAUUUUCUGUAAUGUUUCUAACUGAACACAGCAUAUUUAGCAUGAAAUUAGUUCAUAAUUAGGGUUAGACUGCAGGCAUGCUUCCCAAUAAAAUUGGACCAUGAAGUAUCCAACAGACAGUACCUGUUUGUUUGGAUUAAAAACAUUUGAAAUAAUUUCAAUUCAUUUGUAAUAAGGUAGUGCACAAAAUGUAUCUUUCAGAAUCAAUAUAACAAACAUUGAAAAACUUUUGGAGGAAUUUUAUUCCAUUAUAUUCAGCAACCUGAAGAAGCUGAAAAAUCUAGUUGCAAAUAAGUUGUGUCUUUAAAACACAACAGGAUCAAUUUUCUGCAUUUUAAUCAAAAUACAUCAAUCUAUUGCAAUAAAAUGGAAUUGUUUAAAUUUCUGUCUUUUUGGAGCUUCAUCAGCAUAGACUGGUAACACACCAAACUUUUCCAAUCACUUUACAAGUUGAGGCUGCUAGUUUUGUAUUUUCAAAGUAGAUUUAAAUAUUUGAUGGUUUAGCUAUUGAAAAACAUUAUCUGAAAAACAAUUAUGGAGACUAUGCAGAAACAAACAUUUUGGUGUUGAAAAAGCUUGGUGGCACCAGCAGCCUCAAACAUAUUUUGUUUUGAUUACUUACCAAAUUAUUUUUUAGUCUCCUUAAAAAAAAAAUGGAUUCAUGCCAUUAUGGUGUUGAUUUAUUUGUAUGUAAGUAGCAUAUAAAUUAUAUUUAUUUUUCUCAUUUAAAUUGUAGAGUAAUUUUUUAAUUGAAAUUAUUGUUUCAGAAUUAAGAAAGUCAAAAAUUUUUGGGGGGGAAGAACAUAGAACUAAAAAUUUUCAGAGUUUAACAAUUCUUCCUUUCAAUUUUGGCUGAAAAUUUUCCCAAAAUAUUAUUUGAAUUUACAUAUAGUUUCUUUACUUCUGAUACUUUAUUUUCUGAGAGUCAAACAUAUUCCACUUACUCUAACUUAACACCUGUGAAAAUUAUUAUUUGCUUGGGUGGAGAUCACUCAGUCAGUGGACCACUUGGAAGCAUUAGUCAUAAGUCUCUAGAAACAGAGUUGGGCAUCUGGAGUAACAGGUCAAGCUGUGCCCUCGAGGGGCUGACUGGGCUGUGUGGCCAUCACCAGCCACAAUCCAGGGAUAAUACCAGCACAAAAGAUGCAUUUCCAGCCCCACAAAGCCUUUAAAUUUAUGGGCCCAGUUUCAUCUCUGUCGAAGUAAACCCAACUGUUCUCAUUGUGUAUAAGAGUUCAUUUGUAUCCUAAGCAGAUAACAUCAAAAGAAAAAUAUGGAACUGAAGGAAUGAUGGGCUAAUCUCAUUUUUAGUGUGUGUACACAUAUUUUGUAUUCCCACUUCUCCCAGACAAUGUUAAUACUGUAGAAACUUCUGUGGCAAGAAACGUGACCAAAUCAAACUUAACCAUAUCCUACUACACAGACCAUUUAUGGAAGACAGAUGUAUUUGUUUCCCCUUAAUGUAUGCACCAUACAACAGGGCUCUAGAAGAAAUGAAACAAUAGGAUUUCCAUGCAUCAUUGUACAUACCAACAUGGCAAGGUAAAUACAUUGACAAUGAAGAUUAAUAAGAUUAAUUUUAAUUCUUGGAACAAUGGAAAUUAGAAUUUGGAGAUGUUUUAAUGGGGAGAAAAGGAGAGAUUAAGAACAGAAAGAGCACAACAGAAAAACAGUAAUCACUGAUUACCAAACAAAGGCAAUGUCCAAUACCAUUCUUAGUGCACAGAAGAGAUUUUCUUGGAGAAAUGUAAUAAAGCUAUUGGCACAGCUGAAAUUGUUUAUUUUCUCUAAUUGCUGCCAUUUUUUUAAUCAGUAAUAUACUCUAAAUAUGUAUCAUUAUAAUUAUUAAAAGCAUUAUUCAGCCUUAUGUAUGGAGCCGUGCUAAAAUUUUGAUUUUAUUUAAAUAGAUUUUCAAAAUAGUUACAGUAUCCUUAUGGCAGUGAUAUAUACACACCAAGUUAAUAAUCUAUUUUAGCUUGAUUGUAUAUUCUUGGUACAUAAUCCAAGGAAAGAGGUUACCCACACCUUAAAAUUCCAAUAAAAUUUUUCCUGAGUCACACCAUGAUAAAUUUUUGUUGUUGUUGUUUGGGACUUUUUUUUGUAUCUGAUGCACUUCUGGGAUACAUUCAACAUGUAUAUUUCUUGUGCAGAUUUGCAUAAAAAUGCCAUUUGAUCAGAUUGAUUUUAAAAGCGUCAAGUUUAUAUUUAAAACUGGAUAAUACUCUGGCUAGUAUAAUAUGUAAACUAGUAAUUUUGUUUUGUAUUCUCUGUAUAAAGUGUUUUAUAUUAUACAGUAGCUAAGUGAAUUGCACUAUUGUACAUGCAAUGCGACUUUUUUUUUAGCUUAUUCAAGGAAUCCCUGGGAAUGUAGUUUAAUGCAAUAAUAUUUUUUUUCAAUAAAAAGGCUUACUGGUA